GUCGCCGACGAAUCGUCGCGGAGAGCCCACGUUUGUGCUCUGUCGAAACGACCGGCGAAACGAACGGAUUUUGAUUUGACGUCAUUGUGUGCCACUCGAACGACAAUAAUCGACUCAACAAUGUGUUGACAUAGUGUAGUGAAUUAACAUAAAAGUGUUACUAAUACAACAACAUACACAAAACAACAGUGUUACUAAAACAAUAGUGCAAUACGGUGCAUAGUUACGACAGUGUCACUGCAGUGUGACUAGUGCCAGUGUAGUGUGAUGGUGUGACAGUGCGUGACUGUUCAAGAUGGCGUCUGGGAUUUUGACAGCUGUCAUUUUGAUCUUUGGCUGUCAUCUCGCAGCGGCCGGCGCUCCUGCUGACAAUAAAGAUCACGUAUCGGCUCUAGUAGGAGAAACAGCUCGCAUCAAAUGCCGAAUCGAUGUCAGCUCAUGCGGUGAUAUGCACAGUAUUAAAUGGUACAAGUCUGAGAACAGGAUCUACAUCUACUCGGGGAAUAAGGAUGGACCUAUUAAUAGGCCUGAAGGAGACAUGGCGGACAGAAUGUCGAUAUCAUACAAGAACAAUGACUCAUUUGCUGAGCUGGUGAUUGCCAACGUAAAGGCCGAAGACGAAGGGAUCUUCCUCUGCGAGAUCACCUAUAUUCAAGUCGGAGAAGAUUGCAACACUGUGCAGGUCACCGACUUCCGAACAUACACUCAAACAACAACACCGGACAACCAAACUGUUAUCCACACGCUGAUGCUGACUGUGACCCGAGCGGAGCUAGGAGGCACACUAGUCUGCGACGUUCAUUCUGACGCCUUGGGGACGGAGCACAUUAUACGGACUAUCAAGUUGAAUGUCGAAGGUGUAGGAUGCGGCGCGGUAAGUGUGGACACAGCAGUUUUCGGCGCGCACAGCACGCGGUUCGCCUCCGCGCCGGCCGCGCGCGCAGCUGAGAUGCCGAUAGGGCUCAUACGCAAGGCUGCGAGUUGGACUCCGACAUCUCACAUCCUUUACUAG